AUGUUUGACCAAUGGCGUCCGGAGCAUUCUUCCAUCUUCCCCGAUGAUUUCAUCUCCCCUAGCAACUGCACCAGAUGUGACAAAGAACUCCAGGCGUUUCUUGCCGCGACAGUAGAUGUCCUGGUCUCCGGUCACCGGUCUGUGUUGUCGCCGGUCUGUGUUCAACUUAAACUCCAUAUAAUGUACUAAGGGAACUCAAGGUCGGCAGAAAAUGCAAUUGCUACUUGCUGUCACCUGCCUUGAAGCUCCAAAUUUUCGAUAUACCAACCGAAGUCUAAUGCGUUCGUUUUGCAAUUUGAAGUCCUCAAAACUUAUUUUCACCCGAAAAAGGGAACUUACGCAUGUAUAAUCUGCAACCGUACUCAAUGAUGAUGUGACAAUAUUGAAAAGAUAUUCUCACGUACGAAAUCAGCAGACGAUAUUAAUUGCCCGGAAAAUAUCCCCUCUUCUCCUACAUGGUAAUGUAUUCGGAACGUACAUCUUUUUGGAUACACACACAAUAAUUUCUUCUCCCAAACUGAUAAUUUUGGUGAUGUCAGUACCUACAAGUUUCAUCAGUACAAGCUCCCGGGUUGGAGAUUUUACCUCAGACAUUCAUAGAAUGUUUAUUCAGUAUAUUUGGACCCACAAACGGAUCACGUGAUAGAUGCGCUGGACCAAGACGGGGCAUAUCGAAUCGUGGUAGGCGUUGUCGGAUUGCCGGCAGACGUCGAGCAGCCUAGAAUCCCUGCCCUCCCCCAUGGUUGUCGUUGGUUCCAAACCUCGUCAUUUGCUGUGUGGACCAGGGGUGUGGAGUGGAGUGCCAAGGUGCAGGCCCAACCGUGCCAUCCUCCUGCGUUCCCCCCGCCUCCGGUCUUCUUGACUCGGUCCUGACACCAGGUCCAGGUAGGGGAGGGUAAGAGAGAUCAGUAGAUGCUGUGCAAAUCUACUAUCACCAUAAAAUAAUUUACGCACAAGUCACCGUUCCUGCUUAGCCUAGCCGUCAGCAAUGACUGUCAAAGUAUCAAGUAUAUGAUAAGCAUUACUGCGUGUACUCAAUCCUCAAACGAAAACAUCCGAUUUUCUUAACGCAAUAUCCGACAGAUGCGCAACUGACUCUUCAUUCGUUCUCGAAGGAAAGGCCACGUUGGCUGAAUGAGGUGAAUGGGACCGGCAAAAUAUACCACAAAAUGAUUAUUAUCCUCGUUCUUGUCCAGUUGGUAGACAUUGACCACAGAAGCAACUCUUUGGAUAAUUGAGUGCUAGCAGUAGUAUGUAACUGGUUCAUCAGAUGUCUGUACAGCAGUGCAUAUCAACUACAAUGAAGGCGAUAAUAACCUACCUACGCAACGCGAUCCUGUGUGCGCCUAAGUAUUUCCUCCAAACGCCCUAAUUGAUGAAACUCAAAAUUUAUCUAAUGGGGAAUGGCAGGCGACCUGUCCCUAGAAUUUGGAAACUCGGAUUUCUCACACAUCCCCUCACCGACUCAGAAACAUUUCCAACGGCCUAUUGAAGACGAACCGAUCGACCCCCUUUUCGAUUUCUACUCUGAGUCUAACUUGCUAUACACAGGUCUCGUGGUGGUUUGUGUAACCUUGCUAUCUGCACCACUAAAUUCUGACUUCUGCGCAAAUAAAUCGGAGGUACUAAUUAACUGUCUAUUAUUUGCCAUCUUAUAAUGAUGCAUGAUGAUACGUGGAUUGGCAACUGACAAGAGACUGUCUUCUUUUCAAAAUUUCCCACGCUGAUUGGUUGACACUCCGUGAAUUCAAAGGGCGUUUCCUUGAGUGAGUGAUGCCUGCGUAAGCUGGGAAACGUGUAAGUCAUCAGGAAAUUUGACUCGGAAACCAGAAAAACCGUGGUAAAUGGUGAGACAGGAAAGGAACUCACAUGUGUUUGCGGUCGUGCCAGUACCAUGAGCUUUACAACAAAUAACAAUCCGACGGGACAAGCGUUCAGUUCAGUUCUUGAGGAAAGUAGGCGUGAACCGUUAAGUACCCCCAUUUGCAACGUAAAGUGGAGGCAGUCUAAACAUAAACUAUUAUGGGACGAGGGUCUUAGGGGAUAGGCUAGCGUCUGUCAGACAAGCGCAUAAAUGCAGGUCAAUGCACAGCCGGUAAGAAGCAGACUUGGACACGAAGGUUUGAUGAUGUUGCUACUUCUGCUGCUGCUGCUGCUGCUGCUGAUGAUGAUGAUGAUGAUGAUGAUGAGUCGGCUGACGAAAACCGGCAAUUCAUAAAUGUGUGGUGAUUAAGCCAUCAUUUUGUAUGUGGCGAUGGCCGUCAACGAAUCAUAGGGACAGAAUGAAAACACAGGUGGUGGUGGUGGUGGUGGUGGUGGUGGUGGUGGUGGUGGUGGUGGUGGUGGUGGUGGCUCUGGUGGUGGUGGUGGUGGUGGCGGCGGCGCUGGUAGUGGUGGCUUUGGUGCUUGUGUUGGUGGUGACAACGACGAAAACGACGAUAACGACGCCAAUGAUGAUGAUGAUGAUGAUGAUGAUGACGACGAUGAUGAAUACGUUGAUGAAGACCGACAGUUCAUGUUAGGGUGGUGA